GAGACGUUGCCUACAUUACUAUAACGUUUUGCCUGCCACCUUAGAUUCGACUCCAUUCGGGUGUAAUCUACUGUCUGUGGGUAACCAUGGCUGAAGGAGGAGAAGGCGAAGAUGAAAUUCAGUUUUUGCGAACCGAUGAUGAAGUGGUGCUGCAGUGCUCUGCCACCAUCAACAAAGAGCAGCAGAAGCUGUGUCUGGCAGCGGAGGGCUUUGGAAACAGACUCUGCUUUCUUGAAUCUACUUCCAAUUCAAAGAAUGUUCCCCCAGACCUGUCUAUAUGUACCUUCGUCCUUGAGCAGUCACUCUCGGUUCGCGCCCUUCAAGAGAUGCUUGCCAACACAGAGGAGAAAGCUGAGGGGCAAGUUGAUGUGGAAAAAUGGAAAUUCAUGAUGAAGACUGCCCAGGGUGGGGGACAUCGUACUUUACUUUAUGGACAUGCGGUUCUCCUUAGACACUCGUAUAGUGGAAUGUACCUGUGCUGUUUAUCAACAUCACGGUCCUCAACAGAUAAACUAGCAUUUGAUGUAGGUCUGCAGGAGGACACAACAGGUGAGGCAUGUUGGUGGACUAUUCAUCCCGCCUCUAAACAACGGUCAGAAGGAGAAAAGGUGCGCGUCGGUGAUGACCUCAUUCUGGUCAGUGUCUCUUCAGAACGCUACUUGCACCUGUCGUAUGGGAACGACAGUCUGCAUGUGGAUGCAGCCUUCCAGCAGACCCUCUGGAGUGUGGCCCCUAUCUGCUCAGGAAGCGAGGUGGCACAAGGCUUCCUGAUUGGAGGAGAUGUGUUGCGCCUGCUCCAUGGUCACAUGGAUGAGUGCCUGACUGUGCCAUCUGGAGAGCAUGGAGAAGAGCAGCGAAGGACAGUGCACUAUGAAGGGGGAGCUGUGUCCACUCAUGCCCGGUCCCUCUGGAGACUGGAGACUCUGCGAGUUGCAUGGAGUGGCAGUCACACUCGUUGGGGCCAGCCCUUUCGUCUCCGACACGUAACAACUGGGAAGUACCUUAGUCUCAUGGAUGACAAGAGCCUACUCCUCAUGGACAAGGAAAAGGCUGACAUCAAGUCCACAGCAUUCUGUUUCCGCUCCUCCAAGGAAAAACUGGACUUGGGCUUCAAGAAAGAGGUUGAUGGCAUGGGUGUGCCUGAAAUUAAGUAUGGCGACUCUGUGUGCUACAUCCAGCAUGUUGAUACAUGUCUGUGGAUGACAUAUCAGUCCAUGGAUGCUAAAUGUGCACGGAUGGGUGGAAUACAGAGGAAGGCUAUAAUGCAUCAUGAGGGUCACAUGGAUGACGGGCUUUCACUGUCACGCUCUCAGCAUGAGGAGUCACGCACCGCCCGUGUCAUCCGCAGUACAGUCUUCCUCUUCAAUACCUUUAUCAGGGGUCUAGAUUCCUUGAGUAAAAAAGGGAAGAGUUCCACACUGGACUUGCCUAUUGAAUCUGUCAGCUUGAGCCUGGAGGAUCUGAUUGGCUACUUUCAGCCUCCAGAGGACCAUUUAGAACAUGAGGACAAACAGAACCGCCUCCGUGCAUUGAAGAAUCGUCAAAACCUGUUCCAAGAGGAGGGUAUGAUUAGCCUGGUGUUAGAGUGCAUUGACAGGCUACAUGUGUAUAGCAGUGCAGCCCACUUUGCUGAUGUGGCGGGAAAAGAAGCUGGUGAAGCGUGGAAAUCUAUACUAAACUCAUUAUAUGAGCUGCUGGCUGCUCUUAUAAGGGGUAACCGGAAGAACUGUGCCCAGUUUUCAGGCUCUUUGGACUGGCUGAUCAGUCGUUUAGAACGCCUUGAAGCUUCUUCUGGUAUACUAGAAGUUUUGCAUUGUGUCUUGGUGGAAAGUCCAGAAGCCUUAAAUAUAAUUAAGGAGGGACACAUCAAAUCGAUUAUCUCUCUUCUGGACAAACAUGGGCGUAACCAUAAGGUGCUGGAUGUGCUGUGUUCUCUGUGUGUAUGCCAUGGUGUUGCUGUGCGGUCCAACCAGCACCUCAUCUGUGAUAACCUCCUGCCAGGGCGAGAUCUGCUGCUGCAGACGCAGCUUGUCAACCAAGUCAGCAGCAUGAGGCCCAACAUCUUCCUUGGCAUUAGUGAAGGCUCUGCCCAGUAUAAGAAGUGGUACUAUGAGCUCAUUGUGGACCAUGUAGAUCCCUUCAUCACUGCUGAGGCUACCCAUCUGCGAAUGGGCUGGGCCUCCACACAUGGCUAUUCUCCCUACCCAGGUGGAGGGGAGGGCUGGGGCAGCAAUGGCGUGGGUGAUGACCUGUACUCUUAUGGCUUUGAUGGGCUACAUCUGUGGUCAGGUUGCAUUGCCCGUACUGUCAGCUCUCCUAUUCAGCAUCUUUUGCGCACAGAGGAUGUGGUCAGCUGCUGCCUGGACCUCAGCUCCCCCAGUAUCUCCUUUCGCAUCAAUGGCCAGCCAGUACAGGGCAUGUUUGAGAACUUCAAUUCUGAUGGGCUCUUCUUCCCUGUGGUUAGCUUCUCAGCAGGAGUCAAGGUACGUUUCCUGUUGGGUGGUCGUCAUGGUGAGUUCAAAUUCCUACCACCACCCAACUAUGCUCCCUGUUUUGAGGCUGUGCUUCCCCGAGAGAAGUUGCGAGUGGAGCACACUCAAGAGUAUAAGCAGGACCAUGGAGCUACUAGGGACUUGCUGGGCCCCACAAUCACCCUCUCACAGGCUGCCUUCACCCCCACACCAGUGGACACUAGCCAGAUUGUGCUGACACCUCAUUUGGAACGGAUUCGUGAGAAGCUUGCUGAAAAUAUCCAUGAGCUUUGGGUGAUGAACAAGGUUGAACUUGGUUGGACAUAUGGCAUGAUUCGGGAUGACAACAAGAGACAGCAUCCCUGUCUCGUUGAAUUCUCGAAGCUUCCAGAACAAGAACGUAGCUACAAUCUGCAGAUGUCCGUGGAAACACUCAAGACCCUGCUGGCACUAGGCUGCCAUGUUGGUGUGGCAGAUGAGCAUGCUGUUGAGAAAGUCAAGAAGCUUAAGCUCCCCUCCAAAUAUGAACUCUCCAGUGGGUAUAAGCCAGCCCCUAUGGACCUGAGUCACAUUAGACUUGCCUCUGCCCAGGAGGCCAUGGUGGACAAGCUGGCAGAAAAUGCCCACAAUGUUUGGGCAAGGGACCGGAUUCGACAGGGCUGGACUUAUGGCAUCCAACAGGAUGUAAAGAGCAAGAGGAACCCACGGCUUGUUCCAUAUGUAUUGCUUGAUGAACGGACCAAAAAAUCCAACAAGGACAGCUUGCGAGAAGCAGUGCGUACACUUCUAGGAUACGGAUAUAGCCUUGAAGCUCCAGACCAAGACCACGCAUCCAGAGCAGACAUAAGUAAUAUGUCAGCCGAGAGGUUUCGUAUCUUCCGUGCGGAGAAGACGUACAGCGUGAACAUAGGGAAGUGGUACUUUGAGUUCGAAGUGGUGACUGCUGGAGAGAUGAGGGUAGGUUGGGCCCGGCCAGCUUGCCUGCCUGACCAGGAACUGGGCUCUGAUGAACACGCAUUUGUCUUUGAUGGAUUCAAGGCACAACGGUGGCACCAGGGGAAUGAACACUUUGGCCGCUCCUGGCAGCCAGGAGAUGUGGUUGGAUGCAUGGUGGACAUGAGUGAGCACACCAUGAUGUUCACACUAAAUGGGGAGGUGCUGCUUGACGACUCUGGCUCAGAGCUUGCCUUUAAAGAUUUUGAAAUUUGGGAAGGAUUCAUCCCUGUGUGUAGUCUGGGUGUAUGUCAGAUUGGCCGCAUGAACUUUGGCAAGGAAGUAAGCACAUUGAAGUACUUUACAAUAUGUGGGCUACAAGAAGGUUAUGAGCCUUUUGCUGUGAACAUGAACCGAGAUUUGACCAUGUGGUUAAGCAAGAGGCUCCCUCAGUUUAUACCAGUCCCUUCAAACCAUGAGCACAUUGAGGUCACAAGGAUAGAUGGCACCGUGGAGAGCUCACCGUGUCUAAAGGUCACACAGAGGUCAUUCGGCUCACAGAACAGCAGCAGUGACAUCGUCUUUUACCGCCUAAGUAUGCCCAUCGAGUGUGCAGAGGUCUUCUGUAAGUCUCCAGGCAGCACAGUACCCUCAAAUGGUAGAUUCUUCUCCUCCAAGAAAGAGCUGGAGGACCUUGAAACAGAAUCAGACUUUGAGGUUUUGAUGAAGAGUUCCCAUGGUCACAUGGGCUCUAACGGGCCAGAGAAGGACACUGAUGAAUUUAACAACCACAAGGACUAUAACCAGGAAAAGCCAUCCAAGUUCAAAUCGAGGUUUAUGCUUAAAAAGACAAAGCCAGAGUUCAACACCAGCCAGUCAUCAGCACGUCUGCCAGAAGAAGUGAUUGCAGAUGCUGAAAGGGAUGACUCUGGGUGUCUUAUGCAGACCUCAACAUAUUACUACUCUGUAAGGAUCUUCCCUGGCCAAGAACCAUCAAGUGUGUGGGUGGGUUGGGUUACAUCUGACUUCCAUCAGUAUGAUACUGCCUUUCAGCAAGAUAAGGUUAGGACUGUUACUGUGACCCUUGGAGAUGAGAAAGGCAAGGUCCAUGAGAGCAUCAAGCGCAGUAAUUGCUACAUGGUAUGGGCAGGCGAGAGCACCAGCCCUGGUCAGGGUCGAAACAACAAUGGCCUGGAGAUUGGUUGCCAGGUGGACUGUGUCAGUGGUGUGCUUACCUUCACCAGCAAUGGCAAAGAGCUCAGCACCUAUUACCAGGUCGAGCCCAGCACCAAGCUGUUCCCUGCAGUGUUUGCACAGGCCACCAGCCCCAACGUCUUUCAGUUUGAACUGGGAAGCAUAAAGAAUGUGAUGCCAUUGUCUGCUGGCCUUUUUAAAAGUGAGCGUAAAAACCCCGUGCCACAGUGUCCUCCCCGGCUGCAUGUGCAAUAUCUGACGCCCGUGUUGUGGAGCCGUGUGCCAAAUGGCUUCUUGAGGGUGGAGGUAGCACGUGUCAGUGAGCGCCUUGGCUGGCAGGUGCAGUGCCACGAUCCGCUGCAGUUCAUGUCUCUGCACAUCCCCGAGGAAAACAGGUCGGUGGAUAUCCUGGAGCUGACGGAGCAGAGAGAGCUACUAAAGUUCCAUUACCAUACCCUCCGCCUCUAUUCGGCUGUCUGCGCACUGGGGAACAACCGGGUGGCACAUGCACUAUGCAGCCAUGUGGAUGAGUCCCAGCUGCUGUAUGCCAUUGAGAACAAGCAUAUGCCAGGCCUGCUGCGGACUGGUUACUAUGAUCUACUAAUCGACAUCCACCUUAGCAGCUAUGCCACGGCACGUCUCAUGAUGAACAGCGAGUACAUCGUACCCAUGACGGAAGAAACAAAAAGCAUCACUCUCUUCCCUGACGAACAGAAGAAGCACGGGCUGCCAGGCAUCGGCCUGAGCACGUCACUGCGGCCUCGCAUGCGCUUCUCCUCCCCCAGCUUCGUGGGCACGGACAAAAGUCUCAGUGGCGACUGUUUCCAGUACAGCCCUGAGUUUCCGCUGGAGAUCCUGAAGACCAAGACCAUGGAGAUGCUGACUGAGGCUGUGUGUGAGGGGAGUCUACAUGUGCGGGACCCUGUUGGUGGCAGCACAGAGUUCCUGUUUGUGCCACUAAUCAAGCUCUUCUAUACACUGCUCAUUAUGGGUGUCUUCCACAAUGGUGACCUGCGAAUCAUUCUGCAACUCAUUGAGCCUAGUGUUUUCUCCAAGGAAGGCAAGGCCACUUCUGCCCCAACCCACACAGCUGAGGGUGCGACAGUUAGUGAGAAAACAGAGGCACUGAGGAAAGAAGGUGGUAAGGUUGAAGGAGAACAAACAACAAAGGUGCCCAAAGAAGGUCUGCUCCAGAUGAAGUUGCCUGAGCCAGUCAAGCUCCAGAUGUGUCAUUUGCUGCAGUACCUGUGUGACUGUCAGGUACGUCACCGGAUUGAGGCUGUGGUAGGCUUCUCCGAUGAUUUUGUGGCAAACCUGCAAGACAAUCAGCGUUUCCGGUACAACGAAGUCAUGCAAGCGCUGAACAUGUCAGCCGCUCUUACAGCUCGAAAGACCAAAGAGUUUCGCUCACCUCCCCAGGAACAGAUAAACAUGCUGCUAGGCUUCAAAGAUGAAAAGCAGGAUUGUCCCUGCCCUGAUGAAAUCAGAGGGCAGUUGUUGGACUUCCACCAAGACUUAAUGACUCACUGCGGAAUCGAGCUGGAUGAUGAGAAGCUUGGUGAAGUGGAUGGAGAUUUCACAAUACGCGGUCGACUGAUGUCCCUGGUGGAAAAAGUGAAUUACUUGAAAAAGAAAAUGUCUGAUCUGCCUAAGAAAAAAAAAGUCAAAAAACCAAGCACUCUUCAGCAGCUUAUCUCUGAGACUAUGGUGCGCUGGGCACAGGAAUGUGUUAUUGAGGACCCAGAGCUCGUCAGAGCAAUGUUUGUGCUCUUGCAUCGUCAGUAUGACGGUAUAGGGGGACAAGUACGUGCCUUGCCCAAGACCUACACCAUCAAUACUGUGUCUGUGGAGGACACCAUCAACCUGCUGGCCUCUCUAGGCCAAAUACGCUCACUACUCAGUGUCAGGAUGGGUCGUGAAGAGGAGAAACUCAUGAUACGGGGCCUGGGAGAUAUUAUGAACAACAAAGUUUUCUAUCAACAUCCAAAUCUAAUGAGGGCCUUGGGCAUGCAUGAGACUGUGAUGGAGGUCAUGGUGAAUGUUUUGGGUGGUGGAGAAUCAAAGGAAAUUACUUUUCCUAAGAUGGUGGCCAACUGCUGUCGUUUUCUUUGCUACUUCUGCCGCAUCAGUAGACAAAACCAAAAAGCGAUGUUUGAUCACCUCAGUUACUUGCUUGAGAACAGCAGUGUGGGACUUGCCUCUCCUUCUAUGCGGGGUUCAACUCCUCUGGAUGUGGCUGCUGCCUCAGUGAUGGAUAACAAUGAGCUUGCUUUGGCCCUGAGGGAACCAGACCUGGAGAAAGUGGUGCAGUAUUUGGCCGGCUGUGGACUCCAGAGUUGCAUGAUGUUAGUCUCUAAAGGCUAUCCUGACAUCGGCUGGAACCCUGUUGAAGGAGAGCGUUACUUGGACUUUCUGCGGUUUGCGGUCUUUUGCAAUGGAGAGAGUGUUGAGGAGAAUGCUAAUGUGGUUGUGAGGCUCCUGAUUCGGCGACCUGAAUGUUUCGGUCCUGCCUUACGAGGGGAGGGCGGGAAUGGCCUUCUGGCUGCCAUGGAAGAGGCCAUCAAUUUCUCAGAAGACCCUUGUAGGGAUGGACCCUCACCCAUCGCUGAAGCUAGCAGAACACUGAGUGAUUCUCUGGAGGAUGAGGAAGAUGACACCAUCCACAUGGGCAAUGCCAUCAUGACAUUUUACUCCGCCCUCAUUGACCUGCUGGGACGCUGUGCUCCAGAGAUGCAUCUGAUCCAUGCUGGGAAGGGCGAAGCCAUUCGGAUCAGGGCAAUUCUGCGCUCUCUAAUCCCCAUUGAGGACCUUGAGGGUGUCAUCAGUAUCCCAUUUCGUAUGCCUACUUUGGCGAAAGAUGGAUCAGUUGUUGAGCCUGACAUGUCAGCAGGCUUCUGUCCUGACCACAAGGCAGCCAUGGUUCUUUUCUUGGAUCGGGUCUAUGGGAUUGAGGAUCAGAACUUCCUGCUACAUCUCUUGGAAGUGGGCUUCCUGCCUGACCUUCGUGCAGCGGCUUCACUUGACACACCAGCCCUGAGUGCUACAGAUAUGGCCCUAGCCUUGAACCGCUACCUGUGCACAGCUGUGCUGCCUUUGCUUACUAAAUGUGCCCCACUGUUUGCUGGCACUGAGCCUUUUGCCUCGCUCAUUGACUCUCUGUUGCACACUGUGUACCGCCUGUCAAAGGGCUGCUGCCUGACUAAGGCCCAGAGGGAUGCCAUAGAGGAGUGCUUGCUAGCUGUGUGUGGGAAACUGAGGCCCUCCAUGAUGCAACAUUUGCUCAGAAGGCUGGUAUUUGAUGUCCCCCUGCUGAAUGAACACACUAAAAUGCCCCUUAAGCUGUUGACCAACCACUAUGAGCGUUGCUGGAAGUACUAUUGCCUGUCUGGAGGCUGGGGUAGCUUUGGAGCUGCCUCUGAUGAAGAGCUACAUCUCUCCAGGAAGCUGUUCUGGGGGAUUUUUGAUGCGUUGUCAAGGAAGAAGUACGAACACGAGCUGUUCAAGUUGGCGUUGCCCUGCCUAAGUGCUGUGGCCGGAGCCUUGCCACCAGAUUACAUGGAAUCUAACUAUGUGGCCAUGAUGGAGAAGCAGUCCUCAAUGGAUGCAGAGGGAAACUUCAACCCCCAGCCAGUCGAUACUUCAAAUGUGGUUAUCCCUGAAAAACUGGAUAAUUUCAUCAUCAAAUUUGCUGAGCAUUCUCACGAGAGGUGGUCUAUGGAUAAGCUUACCAAAGGCUGGGUACAUGGUGACCAGCUCUGUGAAUUCACCAAGACACACCCCCUUCUAAAACCAUACAAAAGCUUGUCAGAGAAGGACAAAGAGAUUUAUCGGGGUCCCAUAAAGGAAUCCCUAAAAACCAUCCUGGCAUGGGGCUGGCUCAUUGAGAGGACUCGAGAGGGUGACACAGCUAGCCUUCACAACCGCACACGCCGGAUAUCCUUAUCAAGUCAGCAUUCUAUGGAAGGCACUCAUGGAUUCAGCCCUAGACCAAUCGACAUGAGUAAUGUGACUCUCUCUAGAGACUUACACGCCAUGGCUGAACUACUUGCAGAAAACUAUCAUAACAUAUGGGCCAAGAAUAAGAAAUCUGAGCUUGAAGCCAAAGGUGGAGGGAGCCAUCCUUUGCUGGUGCCCUAUGACACUCUAACGGCCAAAGAGAAAUCAAGAGACAGAGAAAAAGCACAAGACAUCCUGAAGUUCUUUCAGAUAAAUGGUUAUACUGUGUCUAGGGCUAAAAAGGAGCAGGAACUUGACACACCCUCCAUAGAGAAGCGAUUUGCUUACACUUUCCUACUGCAACUCAUUACCUAUGUGGACCAAGCCCAUGAACAUUUGCUGGAAUUUGAUGCCAGUAAUCAGCCAAAGGGAGAAAAAAUGUGUCAUGACCAGCAGAUGAAGUUUUUUGGGAAGGUGGUCUUACCCCUCGUGGAUCAGUACUUCAAAAACCAUCACCUGUACUUCCUGUCUACUGCAUUACACCCUAUCAGCAGUGGUGGCCAUGCCUCCAACAAAGAGAAAGAAAUGGUGACGAGCCUCUUCUGCAAACUUGGAGUUCUUGUCAGACAUAGGAUAUCACUGUUUGGAAAUGAUGCGGCUUCUAUUGUAAACUGUCUCCACAUACUAGGACAAACACUUGAUGCCAGAACUGUGAUGAAGACAGGUUUGGACACAGUGAAAGCAGCACUGCGGGCAUUCUUUGACAAUGCUGCUGAGGACUUGGAGAAAACUAUAGAGAACCUGCAACAGGGCCAGUUCACUCACACCCGUGCUCAGCCUAAGGGAGUAACUCAGAUCAUCAACUACACAACUGUGGCAUUGCUGCCUGUGCUCUCCUCCCUCUUUGAGCACAUCACACAAAACUUGUUUGGGGAGGAUAUCAUACUUGAUGAUAUUCAGGUGUCAUGCUAUAGGCUACUUAACAGCCUGUAUUUACUGGGCACUAGCAAAAGCAUUUAUGUUGAAAGACAGCGACCAGCCAUAGGGGAAUGCCUGGCAGCUUUUUCAGGAGCUUUCCCUGUUGCCUUUUUGGAACCUCAACUCAACACAUUUAAUAGUCACUCCAUUUAUAAUGUCAAACCCUCAAGGGAGAGAACAACUCUUGGACUACCUGCUCAGGUGGAGGAAAUGUGUCCUCUCAUUCCAUCUCUUGAGAAGUCCUUGGAAGAGAUUAUGGAGCUAGCGGAGUCAGGCAUGUGCUACACACAGAUGCCUCAUGUGAUGGAGGUGGUGUUACCCAUGUUGUGCAGCUACAUGUCACGCUGGUGGGAACAUGGGCCAGAGAACAACCCUGAACGAGCAGAGAGCUGCUGCACCUCACUCACAUCCAAUCACAUGAACACGCUGCUGGGGAACAUCCUGAAAAUAAUCUAUAACAAUCUGGGAAUUGAUGAAGGAGCCUGGAUGAAGCGGUUGGCAGUCUUCUCUCAGCCUAUUAUAAGCAAGGCCAAGCCUCAGCUUUUAAAGUCCCAUUUCCUACCUUUGAUGGAGAAACUGAAGAAGAAAGCCGCCAUCGUUCUGACAGAUGAGGAGAACAUGAAGGCUGAGGGACGGGGAGAGAUGUCUGAGUCUGAGCUUCUCAUCCUGGAUGAGUUCACCAUCCUUGUCCGUGAUCUAUAUGCUUUCUACCCUCUCCUCAUACGAUUUGUGGAUUACAACAGGGCAAAAUGGCUUAAAGAACCUAACCCAGAGGCAGAAGAGUUAUUCCGCAUGGUGGCAGAAAUCUUCAUAUUUUGGGCAAAAUCACAUAACUUCAAAAGAGAGGAGCAAAACUUUGUUGUUCAGAAUGAGAUAAACAACAUGUCUUUCCUCAUUACGGAUACCAAAUCAAAAAUGUCAAAAGGAGGUGUGUCAGACCAGGAGAGGAAAAAGAUGAAGAAAAAAGGUGACCGCUACUCUAUGCAGACCUCUCUUAUUGUAGCUGCUCUCAAGAGGUUGCUGCCUGUUGGCCUGAAUAUUUGUGCUCCAGGAGAUCAGGAAUUGAUUGGACUUGCUAAGAAUCGCUUCUCUCAGAAAGAUACUGAAGAGGAGGUGCGGGAGACUAUACGGAACAAUCUCCAUCUUCAGGGAAAACUGGAGGAUCCUGCUAUUCGCUGGCAGAUGGCACUAUAUAAAGACAUGCCCAAUCGAAGUGAGGAUACUUCAGACCCAGAGAAAACAGUGGAGAGGGUGCUUGAUAUUGCCCAUGUGCUUUUCCACCUGGACCAGGUUGAACAUCCCCAGAGGAGUAAGAAAGCAGUGUGGCACAAGCUCCUGUCUAAGCAGAGGAAGAGAGCAGUGGUGGCCUGUUUCAGGAUGGCGCCUCUUUAUAACCUGCCCAGGCACCGAGCAGUCAAUCUAUUUCUGCAGGGUUACUUGAGAUCCUGGAUAGAAACAGAGGAACACUACUUUGAAGACAAGCUUAUUGAAGACUUGGCAAAACCUGGAGGAGAGGAACCCCCUGAAGAAGAUGAAGCCACCAAGCACAUAGACCCCCUGCACCAGCUUAUCCAGUUAUUCAGUAGAACUGCACUGACCGAGAAAUGUAAACUUGAGGAAGACGCCCUCUACAUGGCUUAUGCAGAUAUCAUGGCAAAGAGUUGCCACGAUGAAGAGGAUGAAGAUGGUGAGGAAGUGAAAAGUUUUGAAGAAAAAGAGAUGGAAAAGCAGAAACUACUUUACCAACAGGCCCGACUACAUGACCGAGGUGCUGCGGAGAUGGUCCUUCAAACUAUCAGUGCGAGUAAAGGGGAGAUGGGACCAAUGGUUGCAUCCACAUUAAAGCUGGGGAUUGCCGGACUAAAUGGAGGAAAUUCCACUGUGCAACAGAAAAUGCUGGACUAUCUGAAAGAUAAGAAAGAUGUGGGGUUUUUUCAGAGUCUGGCAGGUCUCAUGCAGUACUGCAGUGUUCUAGAUCUCAAUGCAUUCGAGAGACAAAACAAAGCUGAAGGCUUGGGUAUGGUGACUGAGGAAGGCUCAGUCAUCACUCAUGAGCGUGGAGAGAAGGUGAUGCAAGAUGAUGAGUUCACCUGUGACCUCUUUCGCUUCUUGCAACUUCUGUGUGAAGGACAUAACUCAGAUUUCCAGAAUUAUCUGAGAACACAGACAGGAAACAACACAACUGUCAACAUCAUUAUAUCUACAGUUGACUACCUCCUCAGAGUCCAGGAGUCCAUCAGUGAUUUCUAUUGGUAUUAUUCUGGGAAAGAUGUCAUUGAUGAACAGGGGCAACGCAAUUUCUCCAAAGCUAUCAAUGUAGCAAAGCAAGUCUUCAACACGCUGACAGAGUAUAUACAGGGCCCAUGCACAGGAAAUCAGCAGAGUCUAGCCCAUAGUCGCUUAUGGGAUGCAGUGGUUGGCUUUCUGCAUGUGUUUGCUCAUAUGCAGAUGAAGUUGUCUCAGGAUUCUAGCCAAAUUGAUUUGCUGAAGGAGUUAAUGGAUCUACAAAAAGACAUGGUUGUGAUGUUGCUGUCCAUGUUGGAAGGUAAUGUUGUGAAUGGGACCAUUGGUAAACAGAUGGUGGACAUGCUGGUGGAAUCUUCCAACAAUGUGGAGAUGAUACUGAAGUUCUUUGACAUGUUCCUCAAGCUUAAAGACCUAACGUCCUCUGAUGCUUUCAAAGAAUAUGACCCUGAUGGGAAAGGGGUUAUCUCAAAGCGAGAUUUCCAUAAAGCAAUGGAGAGUCACAAACACUACACACAAUCUGAAACAGACUUCCUGCUCUCCUGUGUAGAGACAGAUGAGAAUGAGACUCUUGACUAUGAGGAGUUUGUGGAAAGGUUCCAUGAACCAGCAAAAGACAUUGGUUUUAAUGUGGCUGUACUUCUAACCAACCUUUCUGAGCAUAUGCCACAUGAUUCACGCCUUCAGACUUUCUUGGAGUUGGCUGAGAGUGUACUUAAUUACUUCCAGCCUUUCUUGGGCCGCAUUGAGAUCAUGGGUAGUGCCAAGCGUAUCGAACGUGUCUACUUUGAAAUUAGUGAGUCUAGCCGCACGCAGUGGGAGAAGCCACAGGUAAAAGAGUCCAAACGACAGUUUAUCUUUGAUGUUGUCAACGAAGGUGGUGAGAAGGAAAAGAUGGAGCUUUUUGUCAAUUUCUGUGAAGACACCAUUUUUGAGAUGCAGCUUGCAGCACAAAUGUCAGAUGCUAGUGAGCGCUUGGCCAGCAAGGAGGACACAGAGCGUGGAGAAAAACCUGAGGUGGAGAGCCCUGAGAUGGGCUUCUUCUCCGUUACCACUGUAAGGACAGCCCUUCUAGCUCUACGCUAUAAUGUUCUAGUGUUAAUGAAAGUGCUUUCCAUGAAGAGCCUGAAGAAACAGGUGAAGAGGGCCAAGAAAAUGACAUUGCAGGACAUGGUGAUGGCACUGGCAGCCUUUUACUGGAGUGUGCUGAUUGGACUUCUGCAUUUUGCAUUUAGCGUCUCACGUGGGUUCUUCCGUAUUAUAUACAAUACCUUCCUUGGGGGUAAUCUGUUGGAAGGUGCCAAGACCAUGAAAAUGUCUGAGCUCAUAACCAGCAUGCCUGACCCAACACACGAGGAGGUGCGUGGGGAGCUUGAAGAAGGUGUGGAAAAUAAAUCAGUCGAGAAGCCCUUGACAAAGGAGGACUUAGCCGACCUCACUGUUGCUACAGAUGAAACAGAACUUCUCUCAGACAUCUUUGGCUUAGAUUUACGAAGAGAAGGGGGACAGUACAAGAUAAUGCCUCACAAUCCAAAUGCCAGCCUGACUGAUUUAUUAAAUGCCCCAAUACCUCCUCCUAGUCCCUCCCCUGAGCUUAGAAGACAACAUCAGGUUAAAGAAGACAAAGGAGGAACAGAAGACAGUAAGCCAGAGCCAGAGAAAGCAGCAGGAGAACGUGUGGAGAAAGUAGAAGAUAAGGAACAGCUAAAGCCAAAGCAGAGGAUCAGACAGGUCCAUAUCUCCAAAUCCGAUGAGCCAGACCUGCAGGAAUCUGCAUUCUGCAAAAAAAUCAUUGUUUACCAGAGGAAGCUUCUUAACUACUUUGCCAGGAACUUCUACAACAUGAGGAUGUUGGCAUUGUUUGUGGCCUUUGCUAUCAACUUUAUCCUUCUCUUCUAUAAGGUGUCUACAUCUUCUGCUGUGAUGGAGGAGAAGGAGGUCUUUAGAAGCCCAGUAGAUGCAGGCCUUCACUGGAAUCCUCUGGGUGCUACCCCUGACCGCACCAUGACUGUGCAUUUUGUCCUUGAGGAAAGUAGUGGCUAUAUGGAGCCUACUCUGCGCAUCCUUGCCAUCCUGCACACAGUCAUCUCGUUCUGCUGCAUCAUAGGGUACUACUGCCUGAAGGUUCCCUUGGUGAUCUUCAAGCGUGAAAAAGAGGUGGCUAGAAAGCUGGAGUUUGAUGGCCUGUAUAUUACUGAGCAGCCCUCAGAGGAUGACAUCAAAGGCCAGUGGGAUAGGCUGGUCAUCAAUACUCAGUCAUUUCCUAAUAAUUACUGGGAUAAGUUUGUGAAAAGAAAGGUAAUGGACAAGUAUGGGGAGUUCUAUGGGCAUGACCGCAUCAGUGAGCUGCUGGGGAUGGACAAAGCUGCUUUGGAUUUUAGUGAUGCACAUGAGAAGAAGAAGCCCAAAAAGGACAGUUCAUUAGCUGCUGUAAUAAAUUCCAUUGAUUUGAAGUACCAGAUAUGGAAAUUAGGAGUUGUCUUCACAGACAAUUCCUUCCUGUAUCUGGCCUGGUACAUGACAAUGUCCAUCCUGGGACACUACAAUAACUUCUUCUUUGCAGCUCACCUCCUGGACAUAGCCAUGGGUUUCAAGACUUUGAGGACAAUCUUGUCCUCUGUUACCCACAAUGGAAAACAGUUGGUCCUUACAGUUGGCUUACUUGCAGUAGUGGUUUAUCUUUACACUGUGGUGGCCUUCAACUUCUUCCGCAAAUUCUACAACAAGAGUGAGGAUGGCGAGUCACCAGACAUGAAGUGUGAUGACAUGCUUACAUGCUAUAUGUUCCACAUGUACGUGGGUGUGAGGGCAGGAGGUGGCAUUGGUGACCAAAUAGAGGACCCGGCUGGAGAUGAAUACGAGAUUUACCGUAUCAUCUUUGACAUCACCUUCUUCUUUUUUGUUAUUGUCAUUCUGCUAGCCAUCAUUCAAGGUCUCAUAAUUGAUGCUUUUGGUGAACUGCGAGACCAACAGGAACAGGUGAAGGAAGACAUGGAGACCAAAUGCUUCAUCUGUGGCAUAGGGAAUGAUUACUUUGAUACUGUACCUCAUGGCUUUGAAACACAUACCCUGCAGGAGCACAACUUGGCAAACUAUCUAUUUUUUGUGAUGUAUCUCAUUAAUAAAGAUGAAACAGAGCACACCGGACAGGAAUCAUAUGUCUGGAAAAUGUAUCAGGAACGGUGCUGGGAAUUUUUCCCUGCAGGAGACUGUUUCCGUAAACAGUAUGAAGACCAGCUCAACUAGGGCCAGAGACUCCACUUUUUCUUUUCUGAGCAAUCAAAGAGGCCCACUCUGCCUCCCUUUUGUCUGUAAUGCUUUUCAGACUCUGUAUAUACAUUAUAUUCUGGAUAAUUAACCCUAUGUGCUGUUUGGAGCACACAGACUGUGUUUUAAUGACUGAAUGCUUUAUCUUUACAUUUUGCUUUAAUAUCAUUGACAAGCAAAAACAGGCUGAAAUACAAGAUGGAAAAUGAAGUGAAGAAAACAAAAGAAAAUAUAUCUACAAGUAUGGAGAAAGCGAGAAGACUGCCCAUGGAAACUGGCAAAAUGCAUUCUUUCAGAAUUUAUGUAUGAAAUGGGCAUUGGCUUGGCCAUCCUAAACCUCUUUUGUUCAUCAAGAAUGAGAUAUGGAUCUUUGAUGGAUUAUCAGAACUGAAACCAUGAUUGUAGACCCAGAGGACAUGAUACAAUAGUGCCUUACUAAGCUUAGGUCGAGCUAUGCAAAGCUGCGUGGUAGUUUACAGGACUGCACCACAGACGUAUUAUCUCUGUGAUUUUUUUGCAAUUGUGUGAUUGUCUCUCUGCAUGAAUGUGUGCAUGACAGUGUUUUAGUCAGUGAGUGAGUGAAAGAGAUGAGAGAGCUAGAGAGAGGAAAGUAAAAGAAAAUAAAUUUGGAUAUACAGUGGUUUACUGUGGAGACAGAAUGAAUCAUGGGUAAUGAAUAGGGGUGGCCCUCAGUACAAAUGUUAUUCAUUUUCUGAUAAGAUACAUGUAUAGCCCUUCUUUAGCUUAUAUUUGUCCAUUUUUCUUUCUUUCUUGUGGUUUGCAAUGCUAUUAUGCAACAGAGUGACAGAGUUAUACUUUGUAUGAAAUCUAGAAAGAUCUGAAAUUUUACUCAUAAAAUGUUUAAUUGCAUGUUUAUAAUGCAAGUUUAAGGAAAAAUAAAAUAAAGAUGCAAGAUCAAUGUAUCACAAAUGUUUUAUAGGGUUAAGGAUCAUUUGCAGUAUCUCGAUAAUAUCCAAGUGUUGUUGAAUUCUUACGUCGUACCUUGGCCAAAAAUGUCAUACCUGUCCAGGAAAACUUAUAUCAUUUCCCAACCUAUAUUUUUCCAAGCACUGAUUAUCGCAAAUUUGAAGCAAUAUCCAUUCAGGGACUCUAAUAGGCAUUCUUAGGCUUCAAGAUGAUGACAUAUCCUUUGUUUGUAUAAUUGUUUUUAGCCAGACUAUUCUUGUUUUCUUCUUCUAGUUGACACCAGUCAGGAUCAUGAUCUUAUGACCCUCUUGGAGCAGGAGGCCUAAUCUUAGAAAGCACUGCUGGAAUCUACAAUCACAUAGAAUGGUUUAACCACUGCACAGUCUACAUACCCAUUCCAUAGGUGAUAGAAGUGCUUUGUUGUUGUAUAAUAUAAUGUAAAAUCACUGCAAUAACAAUGAGUAAACAGACAACAAAACAAUAAGUGAUGUUUUACUCGUGAAGAUUUUUGAAGACCAAAAUCACAAUAUUGUGGAGAAAAAAAAUCUGACGCAUAUUAGUACUCUGUAGAGCUGUUAGUAUAUACUGUAUGUUAACUGUAACACAGGAUUGAAUGGAUCUGCAUGGUUUUCAAAUAAUAAAUUAUUAUUUAUUGAA